AUGGGAGUAGAAUCCAGUGCUACUGUGGAUGGUGGUAGUGGCGGAGAUGCUGUUGGCAGCGAAGAUGGAGGAGAUGGUCCAGAUACCAAUGGCGGCGGAGAUGGAGGAGGCGGCGAUGGCCGAGUUGCAGGCGUCUGGAAGUUUGGGGGUAACGUUGGUAGCGGCGGCGCUGGUCAUCACUUUGGUGGAGGGGGUCAUGGGCCUCAUGGCUUUGGAGGAGAUGUAGCCAUAGAUAUCGGUGGCUCUGACAGCGGUGGUGGUGUUGCUGGCGGAUGCAGCGAUUGGGGGGUUGGUGGUACAGGAGGGCAUAGCAGUUGGGGAGGAGGUGGAGGAGGUUUUGAUGGUGGAGGUGGAGGUGGUGGUGGUGGAGGGGGUUGUGAUGGUGGUGGUGGUGGUGGUGGAGGGGGUUGUGAUGGUGGUGGUGGUGGAGGCGGAGGCGGAGGAGGUGGCUGUUAA